AUGGCUUCCUUUGCAGCUCAAACUCUCUUCAUAUUGUUCUUCACCCUCUUCUCAGCUUUCUUCAUUAAAAUCAAUGGAGAGUUCUCGAGGCAAUCCAUUAAUAUGUCCAUAAAACACAUGGAGAAAAUCACCCGUCUGCAUUUUUACUUCCAUGUUAUUGUAGAUGGAAAACACCCUACAGCCAUGCAAAUUAUCAGGCUACCAAACAAGACAGCUACAUUAGUUGGUACCACUUUCAUGGUGGAUGAUCCAUUGACAGAGAAGCCUAAGCCUACUUCAAAACUUGUGGGAAGAGCUCAAGGGAUUUCUGCUUUCGCUUCUCAAAGUGAUUUUGGGUUGCUUAUGGUCAUGAAUUUUGCUUUCUCAGAGGGAAUAUACAAUGGAAGUGCAAUUAGCAUUCUUGGCCAGAAUGCAGUCCUUGAUGCCGUGAGGGAAAUGUCGAUUGUCGGAGGUAGCGGAAUUUUUCAGUUUGCCCGUGGUUAUGCUUUGGCAAAGAUAGUUUGGCUUAAUAAGUAUGGAGAUUCCAUAGUUGAAUAUAAUGUGAGCGUUGAGAAACUUGGGAUUGAAGGAGAUAUUAACUUCAACUUUUCAUUAGAACACAUGACUAUGAACAGAGAUUCUUGUAUGAUGGGACAUUGUAUUCACAUUCAAGAAAUUUGUUUUUCAUGGUUUCUAGUCUACAACUACGGUAAUCUUUGCAUGGUGGGAUCAAGUUAUGUUGAUCCAAUGAUGAGAGCUUUGGAGCUCUCUCUCAAAUCCUCAAAUCCGACCGCCUCCGGUCAUCGGGCCGACGUCCGUCGGCCACCGCACACGGUGGUUGGAGGCACAAAAUGGGCCAUUUUUGGUCCCCUUUGGAGCUGGUCGUCUCUCGGACAUGGAUUCGAGGCCGAAUCCCAUGAGAUGAGCACCGUACCCGAGAAAAACGAAGGGAGACCGUUCGUCUCCUCUCCGUCCGGCACGGCGCAGGUGUUGAUGAAGCUAGGCACGGUGGGUGGCGAUGGGACAAGGCAAACGGCAGAGGGAUGGGUGCGGCGCUAG